CCCCCCCCCCCCCACCCCCCCCCCCCCCCCCCCACCCCCCCCCCCCCCCACCCCCCCCCCCACCCCCCCCCGCCCCCCCCCCCCCCCCCCCCCCCCCCCCCCCCCCCCCCCCCCCCCCCCCCCCCCCCCCCCCCCCCCCCGCCCCCCCCACCCCCCCCCCCCCCCCCCCCCCGCCCCCCCCCCCCCCCCCCCGCCCGGCGCCCCCGCCCGCCCCAGUUUACAGACAGUUCUCGAAUUCACACAGAUUUCAAAUCUAGCCGAACAAACUCUUGAUGAAUCAGCAAACUGGACUUUACAGAGCCACUUUGGGAUUAAAAAUCAUGAGGAAAUUUCAAUUUUGUCUGGUCUAUGUCUGCUUCAGCAUAUCUGUGCUAAAAUUUUCAGUUCAAUAGGAUGAAGUUUCGAUGAGCUGGUAGUGUACAUAGAUUCGACGAAACCCGAGAUGAAAGUCAUGUUUUAUGAAAAAGUCAAAUGUUAGUUGCUGUUUUUUUGCUUUGCAUACCACUUCAUAAUCUCACCUUCUCUUUGGACGAUAUAUAGUUUAUCAAUGAGAAGUAGCCUUAAUAACUCGAAAAUUGUGUGUCGGUUUUUAGGUUUGUAAUUCACGUGCAUUACGAGCAGACAUGAUAAUCGGCACUUUUAAAGUGGAUCUUGGCUUUGUAUAUGCACAACUGAAGCACUCAGUUAUUCGUAAAUGGUUAUUAUUGGCGAAUGAUGAUGAUCGUACGGCUAGUGCUAAAGGCUAUUUAAAAGUGUCAAUAAAUAUAUUAGGAUCAGGUGAUGAAGCACCAGUAAGUAAAAUUCAAACGAGAUUUUGUUCUACUACUUUAAUUGAGAUUAUAUUAAUAAGAAAGAGGAAUUCUAGCGAAAAACAGGGCAGCAUUCCAUCGGCUUUCACCUUAAAUUUGGAAAUCAAUUUCAUUUGAAGGAACAGAAAAUUCUAAUAAAAAA